CGGCACAAACAAACAUCCAAGCAUGACCAGCAAGAGGAUCGCAUUCAAGGUCCAUGGCACCGUGCAAGGUGUCGGGUUCCGGUAAGGAUGCGAUCACCCAGAUCGGGAGACUUUACUCAAAAGUGCGCAAUCAGCCAUGGCCUAAAAGGCUGGGUUCGAAAUACCACGUGCGGGAGAGUCGAGGGAGAAGUUCAAGGCGAUGAACAGACGGUACAGAAAUUGCUACAGCAGAUUGAUAAAGGCCCUCGUCAUGCCCACGUUGUGAAGUUAGAAAAGAGAGAAUUGGAUCUCCAGGACGGGGAAGACCAGUUUUUGGUGAUGCGGACUGCAGAGUCGAUGUUUCAUUCUGGGGCUUAAGCUAUGUGUUCUGCAUGAUGGUGGCCUCUUCGAUCGCUUCCAUCGUCCUUGGGUGGUAUUUUAAUGCGAAUCAUGAACUUUCCAAAGUAGAUCAUUAACCUUGUUUUCAUCCAUGAAGGACUGGAAAUGCCUAGAGUAAAUCCUCAAUUGUUUAAACUCCACCGUAGACUAUACACCAACGACUAUGCAUAGCGUGGACUAUAUAUACGUUAGGCCCAGCCACUAAGCAUCCCCACUAUGAGCAACAAUGAGAAAGAUAUCGGCAAGCACCGGGGGCUUACAUUCCUCUUCAGGACUCGUGACCAAAAUUUGUCCCCAAUUUCGCCCCGGUGAGAUCGAGUUUCAGAAAAUUCAAGAUCCCGAAUCGCAGAC